AUGGCAGCUACUGUGAAGACAAACGGUGGUGGGACUGAUGAAGCUAAACUUACACAGAAAACUCCGUCAGUUGCUUAUCCUUUGGCUAAAGAUCCAUCCCAGAUUUCUGCCAAUAUCGAUUACCACGCGCAAUACAGCCCUCAUUUUUCCCCUUUCAAAUUUGAGCCAGAACAAGCGUUCUACGCUACUGCAGAAAGUGUUCGUGACCUCCUGAUCAAGCAAUGGAAUGAGACGUAUAGUCACUAUCACAAAGUUAAUCCUAAGCAGACAUACUAUUUAUCCAUGGAGUAUCUCCAAGGCCGAGCUUUGACCAAUGCUGUCGGGAACCUCGAUGUUCAAGAUGCAUAUGCUAAAGCUUUAAAGCAACUGGGUCAUGAAAUUGAGGAAAUAGUGGAGCAGGAGAAAGAUGCUGCACUUGGAAAUGGUGGUCUUGGGAGGCUUGCUUCUUGUUUUCUCGACUCAAUGGCAACCUUGAAUUUACCUGCCUGGGGAUAUGGUUUGAGGUACAGAUAUGGUCUAUUCAAGCAGAUUAUCACCAAAGCAGGCCAAGAGGAAAUUGCAGAAGAUUGGUUGGAGAAAUUCAGUCCCUGGGAGAUUGUCAGACAUGAUAUUGUCUAUCCUAUAAGAUUCUUUGGACAAGUUGAGGUCUAUCCAUCUGGGUCCCGAAAAUGGGUUGGCGGAGAGAUUAUACAAGCUGUUGCAUAUGAUGUGCCAAUUCCUGGAUACAAGACAAAGAACACCAACAGUCUUCGUCUUUGGGAGGCCAAGGCUGGUGCUCAGGACUUUAACUUAUUUCAGUUUAAUGAUGGACAAUAUGAAUCUGCAGCUCUACUUCAUUCAAGGGCUCAGCAGAUUUGUGCCAUUCUCUAUCCUGGAGAUUCUACAGAAAAUGGAAAACUUUUACGACUGAAGCAGCAGUUUUUCCUGUGUAGUGCAUCACUGCAGGACAUUAUAGCCCGAUUUAAGGAAAGGAAAGAUGGAAAGGAUGACAUCCAAUGGUCCGAAUUCCCUUCUAAGGUUGCAGUUCAAUUGAAUGAUACACAUCCGACUCUUGCAAUACCCGAAUUGAUGCGUUUGUUAAUGGAUGAUGAAGGCCUUGGAUGGGAUGAAGCUUGGGAUAUUACCACCAGGACAAUAGCCUACACAAACCAUACAGUCCUUCCUGAAGCCCUGGAAAAAUGGUCACAAGGUGUUAUGUGGAAGCUUCUUCCUCGCCAUAUGGAAAUCAUUGAAGAAAUUGACAAGCGGUUUAUUGCCAUGGUUAGGUCAGCUAGACCUGACCUUGAGGACAAACUUACUGGUCUAUGUAUUUUGGAUAACAACCCACAAAAAGCAGUUGUACGAAUGGCCAACUUGUGUGUGGUGUCUGCACACACGGUGAACGGUGUUGCGCAGCUGCAUAGUGACAUAUUAACAUCUGAGUUAUUCUCAGAUUAUGUGUCUAUAUGGCCUUCCAAAUUUCAGAACAAAACAAAUGGUAUAACUCCUCGUCGAUGGCUCAGGUUUUGCAAUCCUGAGCUUAGUGAUAUUAUAACCAAAUGGUUAAAAACAGAUCAGUGGGUGACUAACCUUGACCUACUUGCAAACCUUCGACAGUUUGCUGAAAAUGAAGAACUCCAAAGCGAGUGGGAAUUGGCUAAGUUGGCAAGCAAACAGCGUUUGGCAAACUACAUUCUGCAGGUCACUGGUGAGAACAUUGACCCAAACUCAAUGUUUGAUAUUCAAGUCAAACGCAUUCAUGAAUAUAAGAGGCAGCUGCUAAACAUUUUGGGGGCUGUCUAUAGAUACAAGAAACUAAAGGAGAUGAGCCCUGAAGAACGUAAAACUACAACUCCUCGCACCAUCAUGAUUGGAGGAAAAGCAUUUGCGACGUAUACAAAUGCCAAAAGAAUAGUAAAACUCGUAAAUGAUGUUGGUGCUGUUGUCAACAGCGACCCGGAAGUCAAUAGCUUUUUAAAGGUCAUUUUUGUCCCUAAUUACAAUGUAUCCGUGGCUGAGAUACUUAUCCCAGGAAGUGAAUUAUCACAGCAUAUCAGUACAGCUGGAAUGGAGGCAAGUGGCACAAGUAAUAUGAAAUUUGCCCUCAAUGGAUGCCUCAUCAUUGGGACACUAGAUGGCGCUAAUGUUGAAAUCAGAGAGGAAAUUGGGGAAGAAAAUUUCUUUCUUUUUGGUGCCACAGCUGAUGAAGUUCCUAGGUUGCGUAAAGAAAGAGAAAAUGGAAUGUUUAAACCGGAUCCUAGAUUUGAAGAGGCUAAACAGUUCAUAAGAUCUGGAGCAUUUGGUACCUAUGAUUAUAAUCCACUGCUCGAAUCACUUGAGGGCAAUUCUGGCUACGGGCGUGGUGAUUACUUUCUUGUUGGUUAUGACUUCCCAAGCUACAUGGAUGCUCAACAAAGGGUGGAUGAAGCUUAUAAGGACAGAAAGAGAUGGACAAAGAUGUCAAUCCUUAGCACUGCUGGCAGUGGAAAAUUUAGCAGCGACCGAACAAUUGCUCAGUAUGCAAGUGAAAUUUGGAAAAUAAACGAGUCUCCCGUACCAUAA